AUGACGUAUGUAUUAAUAGCACUCCAGGAAGCCCAAAUCGGCAAUUCGCAGCUCUACAAUGACAUCAUAAAACAAUGGUCCCAGGAAUACACUGGAUGUGACGUAUUGGUCACGAGCCCGGUACACACAUCGGCACAAUUGGCGUCCAUACUUCUGCAGAUCUACUCGGAGUUACGAGUGCACAUCCUGGAUGCUGGAUUUGACCAUGAGUUCGAUAUCAAUGUCUUGUUUAGGCCUCUAGAUCGAAACUACGCCGCGAAAUUCAAGCUUGCGGGGCAUGUCGUGGAGGGAAUCGACGAUGGCUUCAUAGAAUUGCACACAAAUCUAGAGAACAUCUCGAAAACGGACGAGGGGCCGCUUCAAUCGGAUUCUUUGAAGAAAGCCGAUCUGAACGAUAUCGCACUUGUCUCGGAAUCUAUCGAUUUGGGCUCGGCGUCAUGUGUAGCAGUUGGUGGCACUUUUGACCAUCUCCAUGAUGGCCACAAGAUCCUUUUGCUGCUCACAGCCUUAUGCGCAGGCAGUAAAAUCAUUGUAGGUGUGACUGGGGAUGAAUUGUUGAAGCUGAAGAAGUAUCGCGAGUUUUUGGAGCCUUUAUCGGUGCGGAUGAAGUCGGUAUGUGACUUUCUUCAGAUGAUCAUGUCACCUAGGCAACGAUUUGAGAUCUAUCAAAUCAACGAUAUUUGUGGCCCCACUGGUUACAUCGACCAUAUCGAUGCCCUAGUCAUCAGCCAGGAAACAAGGCUGGGAGCGGAGUUUGUCAAUGCCAGGAGAGGAGAGAGGGGGUACAGAUUGCUUAAAGUCGUAUGCGCUGAUGUCGUGGGGGGAGAAGGCAAUGCAGAGAACAAUUGGAAGGGCAAAUUGAGUUCUACAGAUAUGCGCGCAAUGAAGGCAAAGCGACAGAAGGUGACUUGA